AUGACACUCUCGCGAUUAUUCAGAAAAUUCCCCAAUUUUGUCCAAGUCUCAAAAUCUUGUUACCCAAUUUCUUCAACACUCUCAGCAAGUUCAAAUUUUGAUCACCAUCAUCCAAACCCCACCAUCCAAUCCAUCCAAAACCCAUCCGCCUCUCUCAAAUUCAACAUUUUUUCACUUCACACAUCCCGUCUCAAAAAACCCACCACCCCCAACCCAGACGCCGAAACAAUCUGCAAAAUCCUCUCCACCGCACCAGAUUCACCCCUCGACGUCUCCCUCCGCAACUUCCCGGUGGAGGUAUCGCCGGAGCUCGUUGCUGAUGUCUUAAACAAGCUCAGCAAUGCUGGUAUCCUCGCACUUUCGUUCUUCCGUUGGGCCGAGAAACAAAAAGGAUUCAAACACAGUACAGAGAGCUUCCAUGCUUUGAUUGAAGCAUUGGGUAAGAUCAAACAGUUUAAGAUGAUUUGGAAUUUGGUAGAUGACAUGAAACAACUAAAGUUGCUGAAUGGUGACACUUUUGCUCUAAUCGCUCGUAGAUAUGUUAGAGCUAGGAUCGUUAAUGAAGCAUUGAAGACGUUUGAGAGAAUGGAAAGAUACGGAUUGAAGCCCAAGAUAUCGGAUUUCAAUAAGUUAAUUGAUGUUUUGUGUAAGUCCAAGUUUCAUGUUGAGAAAGCACAGGAACUGUUUGAUAAAAUGCGGCAAUGGGAUUUGGAGCCUGAUUUGAAGACUUAUACUAUUUUGUUGGAAGGUUGGAGUCAGCAACAGAAUUUGUUGAAGGUUAAUGAGGUUUGUAGAGAGAUGAAAGAUGAGGGUUUUGAGCCUGAUGUUGUUACUUAUGGUAUAAUCAUCAAUGCUUAUUGUAAGGGUAAGAGAUAUGAUGAGGCUGUUGGUUUUUAUCAUGAGAUGCAAUUGAAGAAUGUGAGUCCUAGUCCUCAUAUUUAUUGUACUUUGAUUAUUGGUCUUGGUAAUGGUAAUAGAUUGGAUGAAGCUCUUGAGUUUUUUGAAAAAUCUAAGGCUAGUGGGUUUCCACCAGAGACGCCGACUUAUAAUGCUGUUGUUGGAGCGUACUGCUGGGCAAUGCGGAUGGAUGAUGCUUACAGGAUUGUUGGUGAAAUGAAAGAGCUUGGGAUCGGUCCGAAUUCUCGAACGUAUGAUAUAAUACUUGUUCAUUUGAUAAAGGGUGGAAGAACAAAAGAAGCUUACUCGGUUUUCAAGAGAAUGAGUAGUGAGAUGGGCUGCGAGCCGAGUGCUAACACGUACGCGAUCAUGGUGAGAAUGUUUUGUAAUGAAAACCAAUUGGAUAUGGCGAUGGUGGUUUGGGAUGGGAUGAAGGACAAGGGAAUGCUUCCCGGAAUACACAUGUUCUCGACGUUGAUCAUUACGUUGUGUCGUGAAAAUAAGUUGGAUGAAGCGUGUAAGUACUUUCAACAAAUGUUGGAUGUUGGGAUUCGGCCUACUGCGAAUAUGUUCAGUGCCUUUAAGAGUGCUCUAAUGGAUGCGGGAAUGGAGAAUACUGUGAAACAUUUUGCUCUGAAAGUUGAUAAACUGAGGAAUACUCCAUUAAUUGCUUAA